AUGAAUAGUAGUAUUGACGUCAUAAAAGAAGGCCUUGAAGACCAGGGUGUGUUGGAGGUGAGAAGGAUGAAUACACGCAGGAACGGACAAAUUGUCCCAUCUGCGAGCCUAAUCCUCACUUUUGACACACCAAUAUGCCCAGAGGAAAUAAGGGCGGCCUUUUACAAAUUAAAGGUCCGACCAUACAUCCCGAGCCCUCAGAGAUGCUACAGAUGCCAACGAUUUGGGCAUAUAUCCCUGCGGUGCAAGUCGCCGCAAGAGUUCUGUGAGUGCGGCAGAGAGGCGCAUACAAAAGAAUCCGGGUGCGCUGACCCUCCCACAUGCGUGAACUGCAGCGGCUGCCACAUGAGCAGAUCGGCAAGCUGUCCUAUCCUCUCGAAGGAACGAGAGAUUCAGAAAAUGAAAGUAAUGAACAGAAUGAGCUUUCGAGAGGCUAGGGCAGUAAUCGAAAGCAAGCGCACUGUGGGGACGUAUGCCCAGACGGCAGCGUCCCCACUCGGGGUGCAAAGGCCCCAGAAAAAAACCCGGCGGCCCCUCCCCUAA